GGGUGUCUGAGUUGCGCUGCCGCUGCCCAGGCGAAGCGGGAGUUCCCAGGCGGACGCAGUGCUGCAGCUGCUGGAGCGUCUGGGCUCCAGCGGGGUGAGCAAGGCGGGCUAGGUCCUGCAAGCAGCCCCCCAGCUCGCAGCAGCGGCUUUCAGCUGCAGGAGUGGAAGCGCCCUUAACCCUUGCACGCCUCCCCUUGGCUGGAGAGAAACGGCGAAUGAAGUGAGGAUGGUUAUCCGGGUAUUCAUCGCAUCCUCCUCUGGCUCGGUGGCGAUAAAGAAGAGGCAGCAAGAUGUGGUACGAUUUCUGGAAGCCAACAGAAUAGGUUUUGAAGAGGUGGAUAUCACAAUGUCAGAGGAAAAAAGACAAUGGAUGUAUAAAAAUAUUCCUGAGGAAAGACAGCCUGCACAGGGCAAUCCGCUGCCACCCCAGAUAUUUAAUGAUGAUCAGUACUGUGGAGAUUAUGAUUGCUUUUUUGAAGCAAAGGAAAGCAACACGGUCUUCUCCUUUCUAGGGCUGAAACCUAGCUUGGCAUCAAAGGAGUCAGAACCCUAGAAAAAUUCUCUGAAGAUUCAACAAGCACAUCUGGAUGAAUAACCUUGUUCAGCACAUGACUGCUUUCCUAAUGGAUCACUGUGAUUAAAAAGCCGAUGCGAAUCAUCAAUAUUUUGCUUGCCAUGGAAGAAGUGCUUUCCAAAGAUGUGAAAUUAAUGUGUACACAAAAUGGGAUAAAGGGUGAGAUGAUACUCCUUUUUUAAAAAAAAAUGCCCACUCUUGAUGUUUCACAUUUGUCUAUGGAUUACAUUUUCACUGGCUUUGGUAUUCUAGCAAAUAAUCUAUUUAACUCUGAAGAUGGGUGGAUGUUGGGGAAUGGAAGUGUAAAAUCUGUAUUGUCAUGGAAGGGGAUCUGGCAAGUAUGUGGAUCCUUUAAAUCUUCAGCUACUGCAGUCUGGAUAAAAUUAGUUUAUCAUGACGGUUAUAGUUUUGAUGGUUAAUAGAAAGUGGUGCUAGUUACGAUACAGAAGAUGGAAAAACAGCAUGAAGAACUUGGUCUAUGCCAAAAACUGCAAAUUUCUGCUCAGUAUAUUUACUGUGCUGUCUAUGCUAGAACAUGUUUAUGGCAAUAUAUAUGGGCUACUAAGCUCUUUCAUAAAAUGUUCACAUUAUGAUUGGCAGUUAAAAAAAAACAAUGGUUAAUGGGGAAGGGAGAGAACUGAAAACUGAUGCUGUCUUGACAUCCGUAGGUGGUCCGUCCCACAUACUGCAAUAAAAUUGUUCUGUUGAUGUGUUUGAAAACAAUUAUUUUGUUGGCAAGUACACUUUAACAUGCGAGGUGUGUGUCAGACUUGUGCGUAUCACAGUUGAAAAGACAUCAUACAAAGCUAUUACGUAAUAUCUGUUAUUUGGGUAUGACUUUCCACCUCAAAUUUUAGAGCUCAUCAUUUGGCUGUUUAAAAGAUUUCCAAAGUUAUGGGUCUAAUUCUGCUUCCCUUAAUCACUUUGAACAGAAUUCAACUCCACCAUUAGCCCCACUGAUGUUGGUAGAACUACUUCUAGAGGUAGGGCUCGAUCUUGCAAAUAACUUAAACACAGCAGUGUCCCCAUGACUUGAAGGUGAAAUCUGUUAAAGACAAUGGGAUUGCUCACAUGUUUAAAGUAAAGCCGGUGUAUAAGUGCUUUGCUGGAUAAGGCCACGGUAUCUGACCCCUUGCAGAAUCAAAGAAGCAUCAGUUACUAUUCAGUGUGAAUAAGGGAAGCAGGAACUGCCCCUGGGGAUUACCCUGAUGUAGCAGAGCCCAGUGUGCUAUGAUUUAACCAUUUUUUAAAAAUUGAAAUUGAGAGUAGACCACUUAGCAAAUGGAUUGUCUGUAAUCUAGUCUAAUUGCAUUUAGCAAUGGGAAUCCCUUUGCCAUGUUAAAAUAACAGUUAUUGAACUUCAUAAAUGUAGCUUCUGCUUAACCCUUGGAGCUUUCUUCCAAAACAAUUUGAUGGUCAUUUGACUGUGCUAUUCCAGUAAGUAUUCUGGCUUCGCUGGGCAAAUGGCACAUGGCCGCUAAGUGUGAGGGACAGCUUUCCUGCAGUCACCGGAAUGCCCGGGCUAUAUUUGGUGGUGGCUAAGAUGCCUGUCAGAUACCCGUGUGCUGGAAGGCUGUUUUUGCUUGUAAGCAUGGAAGUGAGCACAAAGGUGACCAACUCUCCAUAUAGUGACUGUCCUAUGUGUAACAAUU